AUGGGCUCGACUCAAUUCGGCAACUUCCACCUCUUCGCCGUGAACCAACCGCCAAAUAGCCCGUGGCACAGAUGUGCUCUGGACGGAAUUUCAUUGAGCGGGCAUCGUCACCUCGCCAAUCUCGGUAUGGGCUCAAUCUUUCCGCGAAAGAACUUCGUCAUUCCACGUGGAAGCAAGCGAUUAACGUGUCUGAUAGGAUCGAUCAUCCUCGCAUUCAUUUCGAUUCUGGUAUCAUUGGCCCUAUUAUGGAGGACGGACAAGAAGCAAGCCGCAGUCGGGCGCCGCGAAAUACAACUUUUUCUGGUCGGAUACAUCAUAAUUGAAAUCUGUGAGAUCUUCACAGUUGGUGGCAUUCCCCUCGAGGACUCAGUGCGAAAGGGAUUCUCGGCCGUGCACAUCGCUGCGAUAACUGCGACUUGCUGGAUUCUGCUAUUGAAUGCCUUGGUCGGAUACCAAUUGCUUGACGACGGCACUGCCGCGUCAAUCGGUCUCAUUGGCGGUUCAGCUGUGGUUUUGUUUAUCGGUACCGGCUACAUCUCGCUCGACACUGCUUUCGACUGGACCGGUCACUUCGAAAGCAGCCACUUCGGCAAUAACCGAAAUAUCGCUCUAUACGUGCUUUAUCAACUCUUCCCGCUUGUCUGCCUAUUUCUGUUCUACGUUCUCGAAGCAAUUCUAGUGUUGCGAGUGCUGGGAGAGAUCCGGCCUAUGAUCUACCUCAGUGGAGCGGGCCUGCUGUUCGCAAUUGGUCAGAUUUUCCAAUACGUGAUUAGCGUCCACAUUUGCGAAGGCACCAACGGCAAAAUCAAUGGCGCCUUAUUCGAGACUUUUUUCACGCUCCUUUCCGUUAUUGGAGUAUGGGCUUUCUGGAGCAGCAUCACAGAGGAUGACUGGCCACUUCCUCCUUCCGGAAACUACAACUAA